AUGGCCUGGCGAUGUUCUGGGACAUCCAACUCGGAGCUGAUUGAAAACUUAUGGAGGAACCAGCUCAUCCACGACCAAGGAGUCAAGGAAGCCUUCCUAAAGGUUGACCGGGCUCACUACGCUCCGGCGAUGCCGUAUGAGGACUCACCUCAGCCGAUUGGGCACGCGGCUACCAUCUCUGCUCCUCACAUGCACGCCUCAGCUAUUGAGAAUGUCUUACCAUAUCUUACCCCAAGCUCUUCUCCUCGGAGGAUUCUUGAUGUUGGCUCUGGCUCUGGGUACUUGACGCAUGUGUUGGCCGAGAUGAUUGGUGGCGAGGGGGUGGUAGUAGGGUUGGAACACAUCAAAGAGCUUCGAGAUCUUGGUGAAAGAAACACUCGGAAGAGUUCUAGAGGUUCAGAGUUGGUCGACAACGGAGUGAUUCGGUACAGAGUUGGGGAUGGGAGGAAGGGUUGGGUGGAGGAAGGGGAGAGUGGCUGGGAUGUGAUCCACGUCGGCGCAUCGGCGAAGGAGGUCCAUCCAGAGCUUCUCAGCCAGCUCAAAGCACCAGGAUGUAUGUUUAUCCCGGUAGACGACGACACAUUGGGGAUCAGUCAAUCGGUGUGGAGAAUCGAAAAGGAUGAUCAGGGGCAGAUCAAAGAGCGGCGACUGUUUGGAGUUCGAUAUGUUCCUUUGACAGAUGCACCAACAAAUUGA